AUGACCGACCGCACAUCAUCACAGCCAAGGCCAAUGCCGACAUGGCCAGAACUCUCCAGCAUCGGCGCAAAGUCAUUACAGUCCGGAGCCAUGGCAGGCACAUUUGGGGCAGUCAGUGGCGCAGCCGUCGGCAUCAUCCGGUCAUCACCUGUAACCAUGUUCGCCGCGAUCACCGGCAUCCAAUGGUUCUCCUUGGCCUUUAGCUACGUCGGUUCUCGCGAACUGCUCUACCACGCCUGGAACGGCGAGGAGAACCUCAGCAAGACGGAAAAAGUCUUGGCCAGCGGCGUAGCAGGUGGUGUGGCGGGAAUGUCUGGCGCUCUUCUCCGCAGCAGGAGAAACAUCCUCCCCGGCAUCCUCGUCUUCUCCGUCCUCGGCGCCGGGAGCACGCUGAUAGCGCAACAGAUCGGUUCGUCCCCUUCCGCUGCCACGUCGGCCGAGCAGCAGCAGCAGCAACGGAAAAGGGACGACCCGCGGGCAGGAGGCGGAGGCGGCAUCUUGAGCUGGAAGUACAGCCCCAUGACGCGCCUCUCGGACCGCGAGUACGCGGACCGCCUGGAGGAGCGGCUGCUGCGCGUCGAUGCCGAGAUUGCCAUCAUCGACGAGACCAUCGCCGGCCUUAGGGGUGGUGGCGGGAAUGCUGCGGGCCCUGCGCCAGAGGGGAAGAAGAAGAACGACAGCGGGAAGACAACAUCCAGGUAA